GCUCAGCCCUAAAUCCUUGGUCGAGAGUAAAAGACUUUUCUCUAGGCGGUGCCUGUGGUUCAGUGGGUGGGGUGUCAGCCCCAUAUACUGAGGGUGGUGGGUUCGAACCCAGCCCCAGCCAAACUGCAAGAAAAAAAUGGCCAGGCAUCAUGGCAGGCGCCGGUAAUCCCAGCUACUCGGGAGUCUGAAGCAAGAGAAUCACCUAAACCCAAGGAUUUGGAGGUUGCUGUGAGCUGUGACACCAUGGCACUCUACCAAGGGUUAAUAAGUGAGACUCUGUCUCAAAAAAAAAAAACAAAAACUUUUCUCCCUCAGGAAAAGGGUGUCCGGCAGUAGCCAGCACUGGGGCCAGAGCUGGGGGAAAGAACAGGAGCCAGAUGCAAGUUCAGGGGACAAAGGCUGCAGGAAGGCUUGGGCUGGAGUUCUGACCAGACAGGCAGCCCCGUGGGCUCCCACAGGUCUCUGUCUACACCUAGGUCCUUGCCAUACCACCUCCCAGAUACCCUGUGUGGAGCCACCUCACCGUGAUGCUGCUUUCCCCGAGUGCCUCUGAGGAGUGCCACCCAAGUCCUGACCCAUGGGGUAGGGGAAGGGGUUGGCAUGUCCAUCAGGGUCAGAGCUCUGGCUUCAGUGACCUUUGGCUUAAUAUGAAAAGCGUUUCCAGGCACUCACUCUGGAGUGGGCUCGGUGCCAUAUGCUGUGCGGUCAAAAAGGAGUGAGGCACUUCUGCAUUGGGGGUGUGGCAAAGAGUGUGUACAGGAUGUCUGGCUUGGGGGAGGCCCUGCCUGGUAUGGAGAAAGGGGUGAGGAGAGUCACCGGGCUUCAUCAGCACAGGCACCAUUCACACAGGCUUUGAAGCAAACUGUUACAACAUGUGUCGAUGGUCGAUGGGCAACCUGGGAGAGGAGCUGUGUAUAGGAAUGGCCUGUGCAGUGUCACAGCAGUGUCACGGUGGUGCAGAGAUGGUGCAAGGGCAGAGUGAAACAGGCAGGAACAGAUUUUGGGAGACUGGAAAGUAAGGUCAGGGCCCAAACAGGUGUCCCUAGCCAGGCAGGAAACUUCGGCCUGGUCUAUGAAGGCAGGGAGGUGAAGGGCAGGGGCCUCUGUGGAAUGGACUGGUGGGCAGAGAGUGGAAGAUGGGGCCAUGGACUGGUGGCAGAGACCUGCCACAGGGCCAGGGCAGAUGGAUAAGGAGUAACCCAGGUGCGCCUUUGGGACUGUUGAAGAUAGGAAGAGGGUGGCACCCAAGGGACAAGGAGCAACAAGAAUGCAAAAGGCUUAUGGAGUUAGGCAGAGGUGACAGAAUUCCUAGGACCCAGCAUGCUGAGGCAAGUUUGUGGGAGACAAGUUGUCCCCAAGACAUAUGAAGGGAGGUGAUCAAGUUAGUGAGUUGACAGAGGGCAGGGGAGUGGACCUGGCUGAAGGGACCAUUAGAACUUGUUAGCCUUGGGGAUACAGGAAGUUCUGAGUUACAAACAUCCGAUUUACAUACAAUGCACACUUAGAAAUAGAGACUUACAGAUAAUAGGUAAAUGUACCUGUUCCAACUUACAUACAAAUUAAACUUAAGAACAAACCUAAUGAACCUCUCUCAUUUGGUAACCUAGAGAAUGGCUAUACUGUGGACCAGGAGUAUGAAUGAGGCCACUUGAGGACCCAGGGUUGUUAACAGCAUUUAAGAGGAGAAUGGCUGGAUCAACCAGCUGUCUCUGAAUCAACUGGAUUACCAGAGCCACAGACCUCUGGGCUUGGCCUCAGAUUCUGACUCCAUAGAUCUGGAGUGGGGCCAAGGAUUUUGUUUUCACAGCUUGUCAUGAACACACCACACUGUGUUCAUAAGAGGGCUGGGCCUGGCUGCCUAGUCAGAACCAGGAACCAGAGGGCCUGCCAGUGGUGGCCAAGCUUUGCCUCCAAGGGACAGUCUUCAGUGUACCAUCCUGUGGUAUCUGCUCAGUGAGCAGCACCCAGCGCUGGGGACCACACAGUGAACAAAACCAUCCUUGCUCUCCUGAAGCUCAUCCUGUAGGGACAGGUCCAGAGCUCUGCCACCUCAUGUGGAAACCCUCUGCCAGCCUCAGUGCUGGCAGGCAGCAGGGCACAUGCAGCCCCUGGGUCAGGCUGUUCUAGGCUGUGGGGAGCACAGGUGGGAAAGGCUCUCGGAGCGGUAUGCAAGGAGUCAUGAAGCUCCUUUCCCAGUGGACCCCGAGCCAGGCAGGCCUAAGUGGUUUUUCAACUGGCAGGACCUUCCUAGGACUGCUGAGAGGCCAGUAAAAGUGGCGGGAGGUGGGGGGACAGGAAGGCAGUGGGAGGCUGACUGGGAAUGAUGGGGCUCUGGGUGGUGAGGAGUCAGUGACCUCUGUGGGCCUGCUGUGUGCCAGGCCCACACGCCUUAUGUGCAUCACCUCACAGAUGAGGAAACUGAGGCACACAGAGAUAAUGUGAUUUGUCUAACUUGCAAAAGGCAAAGUUAGGACUUAAACUGAGAUCUGACUCUCGAGGCUGCCCUUGACCCUUGGGCAGUGAUAAUAGAACAAGAUCUGGUUUGGCACUUCUUGGCCUACAGCACCAGUUAAAUAAACAAAAACUAGACCUCAGACCUCAGUGAAGGUUUCUGGCCUUGCCCUAGAGCAGAUGCUGUCACUGAGCCUUAGAACUAAUGCCCUUUGUGAGGUGGCCCUGGGAGCUGGCAGCAGGUUCCAUCCUGCCAGGGGAGGGGUGGGCAGGAGUGGGGCCAGGACUGUGUAGGAGAUGGUUCUUGCCAUGUUGGGGGCUCUAUACCCCAGGGCUGGGCUCAGCCUCUUCCUCCUCUACCUCAUCCUGGCAGCUACACUCCUUCGCCCCCAGCCUCUGAGGUCUCAGCGAUCUGUUCCUGAGGAAUUCUCAGCCCCCCUGGAACUCUCACAGCCACAUGCUGGACUGGUGGAUGACUAUGGGGUACGGCCCAAGCACCCGUGGCCACGAGGGCCUCAAGGGCCUCGGCUGCUCCUCUCCCAGGCCCAGCAGCGCAAGCGGGACGGGCCAGACAUGGCUGAGUAUUACUACGAUGCACACCUGUGACAGCGACCCUUCAU